UUGAUUGAAUUCUAUUCAUUCAUUUGUUAUUAUUGAUUUGAAUCUGGAUUAAAAAGAAUUUUAUUCAAUCCACAUCUUAUAGAUUGAUUGUCAUUUAUACAACACGAUCAUCAUCAAUAGAACAUUGAAUGAUGAUAUGAUUUCAUUCAUUCAAUGCAUUCUAGGUCCAUUAUAUAUCAACAUCAUCAUCAUCAGCUGCAACAGCAAGAUGUGCCAGUUACAUCCUCUUUCUCAUCAUCAUCAUCAUCAUCAUCAAUAUCAAAUAGUGCCUCAGAUAAUAAUGCUCUUCAUUCGAGAAAUUCUCCAUAUACAACCACGACAACACCAACAUCAUCAACUCUCAUCAAUAGUAACAAUAAAAGACAACAACAUCAACUUUAUCAUCAUGGACAUUUUGAGCAUCCUCAUCAACACAAUUCGUAUCAAUCACAAUCACCACAUCAUCUUAUAACCAAUAAUAAUAAUAAUAAUAAUCCUCUACUUUAUCAUCCGAAUCGUACUACUCCGCCACAGCUACCUAUUCCUCAUUCAUUACAAUUUGAUCAUCAAUUUGUUACAAACAACAAUAAUUCAACCAGAAGAUUAUUAUAUCCAUUGGCCAAUAACAAUCAUCAAAAAUCAAUAGGAUCCACAUAUAACGAAAGUGGUUCGGGGAUAACGGCGUUAAAUGAAACGCCAUCCGCUUUAUAUCCAUUGGGUCCAUUAUUGAAAAAUGAUGGUGGUUGUGAUCUGUUUGCUUGUUCACCAUCAUUUAAGCCAUUAUCAUCAUCAUCAUCAUCAUCAUCAUCGACAAGAGAUUUUGAACGAUUUGCUCAAGAAAUUGCACUUGGACAUAGUAGUAAUCAACAAAGUUAUAAACGUGAAAUUACGGAAAACGAAUCAUCUUCGGCGGCGACCACGACAUCAGCGUUUUCAUUAAUAAAUACAACUAACCGAUAUUCAACGACUGUUUCAAAUCUGUUACCAAUUAAACAAUUCGAUACUGUUUAUAGCAACACUGAAAACCAAUCGUAUCGUAAAAAAAUCUCUUCAUCACAUAAUAAUAGUGGUUCGGAAUCGACGACAAAACGAUCAUCAGUUAAUGAUAAAUUAUUAACCAUACAUGAUUUAUCGAAUCAAAAUUACAAUACAAAUGAAAUUCGAAAAGAAAGCGUAGCAUUCAAUUCAAGUAAACCCACAUCAACGGUGAUAUCUCAAUUUACUACUGUCGCUGGACCUAUUUCAUUGAAUUAUUCUGGUUCAAAUUCUGCUUUGACCACGAUCGUUUCGAUGCCAUCGCCGAUGACAAUAUCGUCGGCAGAGUCGGCGCCCAUCAAUAACCAUCAUCAUCACCAACAACAACCACAACAACAACAUCAUCAUCAUCUUCAUCAUCAGCAUCAGCAACAACAUGGUGCACCACCACCACCACCACCCAAUCCAUUGAACACAUUGAUACAGACCGGUCUAAUAUCGGCUCCAUCAACACCAGCAUCAUUAAUGCACCAUCAUCACCAUGGUGCAUCGUCCACAACCAAUACGGCACCUCCACCGCCAUCAUCCUCAUCAUCCAUUCAUCCCCACCAUAAUUCUCAGCAUCCACAUCAUGGUUCAUCAUUGCAACAUAACCAUUUAUCACAUGGUCAUUUAUUACAUGAAAUUUAUGAUAUUUCGAACAAAAGAAAUCUUAUGUCCCAUUAUGGACCAAGCGGUGGUCCAGGAAUUCAGAUCGGAGGCACUGGUCCAAUUCCACAGAUUCCUAGUGCAAUUCCAGUAUCAGUUCCUGGUGGUGGUAUCCCGUUGAUGACUUUGCAUCCUGGAGUGGGUACUGGCGUUCCCUCUGGACAACAUUUCGUUCAUAUUGGUGGAAAUAGUGGUGGUUUUCAUCCCCCAUCCUCGUCAUCUUUAACACUAUCGAAUCAUCAUCAUUAUUAUAACCCUAUCCAACAACCAGGACAUGCGACAACUUCACAGAAAAUUUUGGUCGACGGCCUAUCAUCUUCAUCGUUAUCAAGUUCAAAUUCAUCAGCAGCAAUCACGACCGGCUCACGUGUUAUUCCUUCUAAUCAACAAGAAAUGGUCAUUGAGACCAUUGAUGAUGGUGUUGAAGAUGGUUAUAAUCCACAUUUUGAAGCCAUUUCACCCACUCCUCAGGAUGAAUCUCGUAUCUCGCCAUUGACAUCAUUGAAGGAUCAAAUCCUAUCAUCAAUAAAUGUUUGUGAUCGACAGAUCCAAACAAUUGAAGUGGAUAUCAAUACAUUGAAACUGAAAGCGCAACAAUUGGAGGCUGCGACCAGAAAACCUCUAACCGAUCCGGAUGAAGAAGAAAAACAAAAAAAUGGCAUCAAAGCGGAACCUACAUUAGUGCAGAAAAUCAUUCAUGAAAAUAUGAUUAAAGCAAAGAAAGCACACCAACACUUGAAUCGAUUAUUGGGAACGGAUGAAAAUUCAUCUUAUGCAAAUCCAUUACCUCUUUAUAAUCAGCCGAUGGAUUUACCGAUUAUUCGUGAGAACAAUGAACAUCAUCAACAAUUCCGUCCAAAGUUAAUUGACCGUAUCCAUCAUUAUAAAAAAGACGUAACAAAAGAUCAACAAACGCAAGCAGAAAAAUAUGAUCAACAAAUGAUUGAAUGGCUGAAAAAAAUCGAAAAAAUUGAAUCUAAUCCUGUAAAAAAACAACGCGAUGCCAAAAUUCGCGAAUCUUUUGAGAAACAUUUUCCCGAAAUCAAAAAACAACGUGAAGAUCGUGAACGUGUACAACGAAAUAGUACCCAACAGCAUAGAAUACGAUCGGAUGCCGAACUUGAAGAGAUAAUGGAUGGAUUACAACAUCAAGAAUUGGAAGAUAAGAAAAUGCGUUCAUAUGUAGUUAUUCCUCCGAUAAUGUAUACGGAAAAAGAAUUCAAAAAUCAUAUUCGCUUUGAUAAUCGAAAUGGUUACCUACAAGAUCCAAUGGCAUUGUAUAAAGAGAUAAGAAACGUGAACAUCUGGACGGAAGGAGAGAAGGAAAUUUUCCGCGAAAAAUACCUAAUGAAUCCAAAGAAAUUUGGAAUUAUUGCUCAAUAUUUAGAACGUAAAUCAAUAGCUGAUUGUAUCCACUAUUAUUACCUAUCUAAAAAACAUGAGAAUUACAAACAAUUAUUGAGAAAACAUGUUAAGAAACGUACGAGAGCUAUGAUUAAAGCUCAGCAACAACAAAAUUUAGUCAAUCAACGUGGAUCACCACAUUUGAUCAACAGUCAAUCACAGCAAUCGUCAACGGUGAGCGGAAUGGAUGGAUCAUCUGGGUCAUCCACGACCAAUCGUCAAUAUCCAAAUUCAGCAACAUCAGUUAUAUUGCCGUAUUCGAUACCAUUGACUUCAAGUAUUGCUACGAUUACGUUUUCAAUGUCAUCAUCUUCAACAGCAAAUAGCUAUGGUGAUAAUACGACGACUACGGCUAGUUCAACACGAUCCUCAACAAUUGCAUCCACAAAUGGAUCUUCCAUCGUAACAUCAUCUCAAGUGAAUAGUGCUAGUGCAGAUUCGUCUGUCAUCAAUCGAUGUGAUAAUAGUGAUAAUAAUAAUGUUACAGAUCUAGCAAAUGGAACAUCAACACCAGAAGGUUCUGCUUCAGCCACAAUUUGUGAUACGGCUAAUAAUAAUAAUAAUAAUGGAAGUGGUUCUUCAAUUGGAUGUUGUCUUUGUUGUGGUGAUCAUCUUGUUUCUACAAAUCCACAAAAAUCACGACCAGUUACUCAAACCAAUUUUCAAUUGUAUGGAUUGCAAUUAUCUGCAUUGAAAACGACAAAUUUAAAUCAGAAAACAUCUAAUGGUAGUCAAAUCUAUGGACGAGUUUGUUUUAGCUGUCAUCUGAAAAAAACUCAGCACCAACAUGGAGUUGCCUAUCCGAAUAAUCUACGGGAAAAGCGGCAUUGUCCGAUGCCUUCAUGUCAUUCUUCAAACACAAAUUCUACAACCUCGAAUUCGACUACAAAUUCUCCCAAACGCAAAAAAUUACAUCUCAAACAAUUACCACAACAAUGGCUUGAUAUGUCUGAUGAUGAAAUGAAACGACAAAUUUCACAAGAACUACAGAUACCGUUGGAUGUUAAGAUUGGUUGUGCACGUUGUGUGAUGCGCAUAAAUCGCCGAUUAGCUGGAUUGACAUCAAACAAUCGAAACGCUAAUCUUGAUCAAAAAUUAACCGAAACGACCAAUCAACAUUUAUCAUCAGCAUCAAUUUCAACCGUCGAUACAUCGCUGAUGUUAAAAGAAGAUUUCCGAAAAGUAUGGUCAUCCCCAGAAGAUCAAGAAAAGCUUCGUACAAUGAUUCGGGCCUAUGGUAAAAAUUGGGCUGCCAUUUCAUCUACUGGAUUUGAUCACCAAAAAACUCCUCAAGAUUGUUAUAAAGCUUUUGUACUAUUCAAGAGCGAAUUUCAAUUGGUUCCUUCAUUAAAAGAGUUUUAUCAAUCAAUUGGACGGCCAUGGAAUUCUGCAGUAGAUUCAGGUGAAGAUACCGAUGGUGAUAACGGUUCUAGUGUUGGUGGAGCCAUUGAUGGUGAUCUCAGUGGUGAUGAUACUACCGCUUCAAGUUUAGAUGGCAACAUCAAUAAUAAUGAAAGUGAUACAGCAUCUGCUUCUUCAUCAGUUGGUGGAAAACCAGCUGCAGGUGAUCAAGAAGCUCAGAGUUCUACGGCGAAACCUGGUCAAAAUACUGGUUCAAGUAAUCUUCAGGAUUUCAAACCUUUAAGUCUUUCGCAAGGUUCGCUUAAAAGUGAUUAUGAUUCUUCGGCUACGAUGAGCGCAGACGAAUCAUCAAAUACUAAUGAAAACAAUUCGGGUAUCGAUCGAUCCGGGUCAUUCUCUUUCCCUGUUUCCGGAUCAAGAUCUUCAUCAAAUAAUCAUCAACAUUCGAACAAUCUAAAAGUAGAGAACAAAAUGGAGGAUAUCAAACCAUCUAAUCCUUAUUCAUCAUCAUUUCAUCGAGAUAAAUUGGUGGGAUUCGAUGCCCCACAAGUGCCGAUGUUCUUGAUCAAUCCAAAUGCUCCAUCGAUUCAAAUUUCAGCAUCAUCAUCAUCAUCAUCAUCUCUAUACCUUCAACCAAUCCAUCUGCUGCUGCAAUUGUUAAUCCAAAUCGGACUCCUACGCCAUUACAUUCAGCAUCUACAUCUGUUCCAUCUGUUAAUGAUCGUAACAAUUCAACAUCAUCAUCAGCAAACAAUGAAUCUGUCAAUAAUUCAAGUAGCGGUGGAACUUGUGUUCGUGAUCUGAUGGAAAGCAAUUGAAAAGAGUUUGCAAACAGAAUCAUCAAUAUCUCAACCACCCUCAAAUUCUGUGACCACUACUCAUGCUUCAUCUUCUGAAACUACUGUAAAGAUCGAGCCUUGUUAUACCGUUCAAUCAUCAAUCACUAUUCCGCCAAAUAGUUCAACGCCUCUUUGUUUGAAACGUGAAAUUCCUACACCUAAUCCACCUCAACCGACUGGCGGAUCGUCAAGCCGACAACCUACGCCAGAUUCAAGCAAAAUGGAUAUUUUAGCUUCUACUGCUUUGCAACAACAACAACAACGACCUGGUAUGAAUUUAGUGAUCAAACCUGAAGGUUUGGCUGCUAUGAAUUUUUCAUAUGGAUCUUCACAUUCAAAUUCUAUACCAGCUGAAGAUGAAGUACAAGAUUUGAGUAGUAAAUCAUCCAAAAGAGCCUAUGAUCAGACAAUCUUGCAGCGUAAUUCGCCAAAAGAUUAUCAUCACCAUCAUCCGAUCAACAAUAAGAUCAUGAAAAUGGAUUCUUCAACAAGUGGCCCAUCCUCAGCUCGAUCAUCACCUUUGAACAUACCACAUCAGGUGAAAUCACCAUUUUCGCAUUCAUCAUUGGAUAAUGUUCAACGUCCUCCGUACGCUCAUUCAUCGAAUCUGAUGAGUAAUCAUCCGGCAUCACGAAUACCAAAUAUGAUUGACGCUUUUAUGACAUCUGGUUCAUCGCCUGGUGUUCAUAUCGACCCAAUUAAAUUGAAUCGUUCCUCUGGUCAAUCAUCAAAUCCAUAUGGUCCGGCUACCUCUUGCCUUGUACAGUCUCCAUCUCUUAAAAUCAGCUCUAAAUCUCCCCAAUUACCUCAGCCACCACCAUCCACAACAUUUUCCAUUUCACCUAAAGCAGAAACAGCCAUUCGCGAUAAACUAACUAGUGGAUCUAUAACUCAAGGAACUCCAGUUGUUUUACAGCCUGGUCAACUUGGUCAACAACAACAAGCACUUUCGCCUCAUCAGCAACAAGCUGCAGCAUUGGCUGCAUUAAAUGUUUCCGUAUCUGCCGCUUCAAAAUUUCCUCCACCGCCUUCUCAUCCAACAAGUGUUUUACCACAUCCAUCACAUCAUCCAACAACAGGGUCAUUCCACCCAGCAGCUCAUGUACAUUCAGUACAUUAUAAUGAUUUAUAUCGACAUAUGAACCCUGAACUUGCCAAAGGUUCAAUUACUCAAGGAACACCAUUGAUCAUGCCUGGAGGUAAUCAAGCCAAUCCAAAUGUUCUUCCUCCAGGAACGCCAUUGAUUCCAACUUCUCAACAUUAUCCAUCACAACUUUUAAGUGUUAAUCCAUCAUCUCGAAAAAAUGAUUCAGCUGCUUUGGAUUUUGCUGUUGUACAUGGUGGAAAUAAGCGUUCGAGUAAAUCCAAUACAUCUGCAACAGGAUCGAUUCCAAAUUACGAUUUUAUUGAUCGUGUGAAGAAUUAUGAAUCUGUUUUGCAACCUCAACUUCCGCUUUAUCAUAGGCCAUUUUCGCCGAAUUAUCCAUUAUCUUCAAAACCUCCAGCUCCUUCCGGAAAUAAUGGAAACACAAAAUCCGAUUCUGGUAACAUGAAUCAGAUAUUGAUUGAUUUUAAUACAUCAAAACAAAUGCAACCACGACGAUCAAGUGCAUCAAGUGAGAAAGAAUCAGAGAGAACAACUUCACACCAAGAUUCAGGACGAUUAAUACCGCCACCUCCACCUUCUGCUCCUCCCUCAAGUGUCAAUUCGGAUAAACAUCUUCCAAGAACACCUUCAUUUCAAAUUUCACCAGCCCCUUCACCUUCCGCCAUUUAUCUUCAAGAUCGUGUUACAGGCGAAAAAUGUACCCCUAUCCUAGAUCCUCAACAGCAAGCUUUACUUCAUUGGAAUCAAUUAGCCUUUCUGAAUCGACAAAAUGUCAUACAACAAUGUUAUCAGCAUCAAAAUCCAUCAUCAAAAGGGACAUCAGUUAUACAAUCAGUACCACCGAGAGAAGAUUUAAUCAAAAAUUCUCUUUCUCCUCGGAUCACAAGUGCAGCUGCAGGAAAUGUGCAUAAUUUUCCACCUGAACAUGACGCUCUAGCCACUCUUGUUAAUGCAGCCGUUCAGCAGCCUAGUUUAUCGGUACCGAGUUCAACGUCCAGUACGACAUCAGCCACUGUAUCAUCUCUUUCAUCACGCUUGAACAAAGAAGGCUUUGAGAAAUGUUCGGAAGGUUUCGCUCAACAUCUUGGAACGAAUCCGCAAACAAAACAAGCUGUGUCUAAUCGUAUUGUCUAUCCUCCUGUUUUAAAUGAUUCUAGCCAUACUCAAGAUAUGAUUACUGAUCUCUCCAUAAACAAUAAAUCCAAAGAAGAUUCAAAAUCAAAUCGCAAUCGAGUUGGAUCAUCAGAUUCAAGACCCUCUUCAACCAGUAGCAUAGUUCAUGCCGAAAAUCUUGAUCUCAUGGCAAAGGUAGCUGGAAGUCGAGGAUUUCCUCCCGGAACUGGACCAACACCGUUUGGAUUGUUGCCUACUGCUGGCCAUCUAUCUGAACAUGAACGUCAUUUAUUGUUAGCGGAACAGCAGAAAAAAAAGUCAAAUUUUUAUCCUACAGAUUUUCAUUCAGUACUUGAACAUCACCAACGAGCGAAUUCUGCUGCGGCUAGUGGUUUCAGACCGGAAUUGUUAGGAUAUCCCCCUCUAUUAAAUGUCAAUCCUGCCGGCAGUAAUCCUGGACUCAAAUUUGGCCGUGAGCUUAAUCCAUUUAGUCAAGAACAUUUUGAACGUGGACUGAGACAACAUGUUGAAAACGCAUCGGCUGCCUUGUCUUCAAAAAACGAUGAACUUAAAUCGCCAAGAAGCGGUACAAAUAAAUCAACACCGAUUCACAUAAACAAUAGUUCAGAAUCAACAAUGGAUGAAGCUUCGAAAUUAUUUUCUCAAUCAUUUCAAAAAGAUCGUGAAUCCAAUCCUGCAUCUGGCGGAAUAACAGCUGCAAAUUUGAUCGAUGCCAUUAUCACUAAACAAAUCAACACGGAUUCGACAAAAAGUGGAAGUCUUGCAAAUUAUCCAUCGUCAUUGAAUCGCCUGAAAUCAUUAAAUAAUAAUUCAUCUCCAUCGAAUACUCCAACUUUGAACAGUAGUAAUCCAAUUUUAAACAUUAAACACAUUCCAGUGGAAGAACGUGUUUUGGAUAUCGGUGGUCUAUUCAAUCAACAUAAAGGGCCACCACCAUCCGCUACAAGUGGAAUAGAUAUGUCUAGUAUGUCAGGAAAACCAUCGUUGAGAGAUACUAUAUUCAGUAUGAUUACUGAUAAUAUUCAAAAUAUUUCAUCAUCAAGUUCAUCACCUGGAUCAUCAGUGGUUGUAACAUCUUCAUCUCGUUCGUCGAAAAAUGUUCGAGAUGAUUUAAGCACUGUAGUUGCUAAUGCUGCGGCUGGUUGUGGUUCAACUACUUCGACGGCUUCAAAUCCAUUAGUAUCUGAUAAUUUCAAGCUUCGUCGCGCUUUACAACCGAUGGAUACAUCAAUUGAUUCUUCAAUGCAUAGGCAACAAGUGAUUCAUAUGGCUGGAAAUGUAUCCACACCACCUACCAGUAUGGCUGGAAAUAGCGGUACAUUGCCACUGCCUUCCAAUUCGAAAUAUUUGUCUCACUACAUUGAGCCAAUAUCUCCACCACAAGGAACAUCUUCGGGUUCUCAACCGUCGAAUCCAAUAGUUAGCGCCGCUAAUUGGCCAAAUUUUCUUAAUUAUUCUUUGCCAUUCGGAUAUCAUCCACCGCCACAUCUCACACCUUCAAAAAUUUCCAAUAGCGCUACUGAUUCAUCCAUUCAUCAUUUACCAAGUGGACAUGAAUCUCUUUUCAUUACUAAUCGAAUCGCAGAAGCAAUGAAACGAACAUCUUCAUCUAGUAAUUACGCUACUGCAUCAACCAAUGCCAACAACAACAAUGAACAACAAGAUAGUGGGCCUGAUAAAUCUUCGGCUGAAAUGGUUAUGGAUGGUAAUGCCGGAGUAUUAUCUCGAUCUUCAACACCAUCAUCCAAAAAAUUAGCUACUGAAGAAUGUAACAAAGAAUUAGCACAAACAUCCACCACUCAAAACUCGGAAAAUGCCUCAUUAUCAACAACAGAUAAUAAUAAAACAAUGUCAAUUUCGUUUCCUGAUUCCCCAAGUUCACCAGGUGAAAUGGUGAUCGAUGAAAAUCCCCGUCCACCAUCACCUACAUCUUCACCAGAGGUUCAAAAUAAUUCUAUAACAAAUGAAUCGUCGUCUAGUGAUGGUAAAAAUGCUAAAAGUGGCGUGAUCAAAUUAAACAACAAUUCUUAUGAUAAUGCUUCAUCAGAACCUGUUAAAACAAAUACGACUACAGCAGCUGCAAACUUGAAUAAUCUGUCAUACGAGCCCUUGUCAGACGAUGAACCAUGAUUUGAUCGAAUUCAACUGGAUUUACUGCGAAUCGGAACAAUUAUUUUAUCAUUUUCUCAACUUGAUUCUGUGAUAACAAAUUUGAAUUUUUUUUCGGACACGGCGAAUAAUACUUUAGUUUCUGGUUCAGAUAAAAAAAGGGAUUUUGGCCAAUUUGGACUAUGAUGAUUUUUUUUUAAAUUUUAUCAAAAUUAUUGAUCGAAUAUUCUUUUGAAUGCUGGGCACCCACAAACUUACAUCUUAUAUAUUCCUAUUGAUCAUUAUUACUCAAAUUGGGGAAUCCUUGUAAUAUCAUCUUCUGAUCACUAAUACAACGGUGGUGUUAUAUGUAUAAAAUUUAAUUUCACAUCAAACAUCUUUCAUUUGUUGAUUGCUAGCUGGCUGAUUAAUCUGUCAUAUGGACCCAUAAUCUUUCCUUUCCUCUCUUUUCACACAUUUUUAUUCGCCGACAUUAAAAUUGUUUUUUUUUCUUUUCUCUUUUAUGUAAAAUUCAUCUCAUUUUCAAACGAAUCGACAACAUUCUUUUGAUUAAAAAAAACAUUCUUCAUUUUAUUUCGAAAAAAAAUUCGUUUAA